CAUCUGCACUGACUGCAAGCGGUGGUUCCUUGGUUUCUUUCUGGACGAAGCCAGAACAGAAGCGUGCAAAAGUGCCUGCGGUUCCGCGAAAGGGACCUCUUCUGAGCAUCUGAGAGUGCCUCACCAGCGGGCGGGCGCCCCAGCUAUCUGCAGGCGGCAGCACUUAAUCUGAGACGUUGCUGGGGGGGGGGGGUGGACCAGAGGGGUGACUGAAAGGAGGGCGCAGACCAGUGGGGAGAAGAGCCAGGAAACGUUUGGCGUGGCUGGGUGGGCGCCCGGAGCAAACAGUGUCCUAAAGGAGAGACGUGGGGAGCGAUAAGGAUCUGGCGUGACGUCAAGGAGGAGGCUGGUAAGUGGAGCUGCCCAGAGGCGCUGGAAGCUCUUGAGUUCCGCUGAAGCUCAGGCAGCAGCAGCGGAGGCGGACGCCGUGCAGGAUAGCUUGGAGUAGCAGCAGCAGCAGCACCACCAUCACAGAGGCUGGGCAGUCUCGCCCACCACUAGGCAUAAAUUGUUUAUCUAAGCGAGUCUAAACCAUGGCUUGGAAUGAAUUUGGUGUCCUCUCCUGGCUCAGAGAGAGUCGGCAGUCUCGGAAACUAAUUUUGUUGAUUGUCUUCAUUGCAUUGCUCUUGGACAAUAUGCUGCUUACUGUAGUAGUGCCCAUCAUUCCCAGUUACUUAUACAGUAUUAAACACCCGGAAAAUGCAACAGAAACCCCAACCAUUAGGCCAGAGGCACCUCCGUUAAGCUCGGACAGUUUUCAAAAUAUCUACUCCUAUUAUGACAACUCCGUAAUGGUUACUGGAAAUCAUUCUGAAGGGACAACGCCAGGAGAUUUUUAUCAUGUUCAGACAGAGCAAAUGGUGGUAAAUAUGACUAAGGCAUCAUCUGACUGCCCCAAGAAAGACAAAGACCUGCUAAAUGAAAAUGUUCAAGUUGGUUUGUUGUUUGCUUCCAAAGCAACGGUGCAGCUCCUCACUAACCCUUUUAUAGGACCAAUGACAAAUAGAAUAGGCUAUCAGAUUCCCAUGUUUGCUGGCUUCUGCAUCAUGUUUGUCUCAACAAUUAUGUUUGCCUUUUCAGAAAGCUAUACGUUACUGUUUAUAGCAAGAUCUCUUCAAGGAGUUGGCUCUUCUUGUUCUUCUGUAGCUGGGAUGGGUAUGCUGGCUAGUGUAUAUACUGAUGAUGAAGAAAGAGGCAAUGCAAUGGGGAUUGCCUUGGGAGGCAUGGCUAUGGGAGUAUUAGUGGGCCCCCCUUUUGGAAGUGUGAUGUAUGAAUUUGUUGGAAAGGCUGCACCUUUCUUGGUGUUGGCAGCAUUAGCUCUUUUAGAUGGAGCUGUACAGUUGCUAAUUCUACAACCAUCCAGAAUACAACCGGAAAGUCAGAAAGGAGCAUCGUUACUGACACUCUUGAGGGAUCCAUACAUCAUUAUUGCUGCAGGAUCAAUAUGUUUUGCAAAUAUGGCAAUUGCUAUGCUGGAACCAGCAUUACCUAUCUGGAUGAUGGAGACAAUGUGUUCAAGAAAAUGGCAGCUUGGCAUUGCUUUCAUUCCAGCUAGUGUGUCUUAUCUGAUUGGAACUAAUAUUUUUGGGGUCCUUGCACACAAAAUGGGACGGUGGCUUUGUGCUCUAAUUGGGAUGAUAGUAGUGGGAAUAAGCGUUUUGUGUGUUCCAUUUGCGAAGAACAUAUAUGGACUCAUAGCACCAAAUUUUGGAGUUGGCUUUGCGAUUGGAAUGGUGGAUUCUUCAAUGAUGCCAAUUAUGGGUCACCUCGUUGAUCUGCGUCAUGUUUCAGUAUAUGGGAGUGUUUAUGCAAUUGCAGAUGUUGCAUUUUGCAUGGGGUUUGCUUUAGGUCCUUCUGCUGGUGGUGCCAUUGCAAAAGCGAUUGGGUUCCCUUGGCUCAUGACCAUUAUAGGAAUUAUUGACAUCCUUUUUGCUCCUCUGUGUGUGUUCCUGCGCAGUCCACCCGCCAAAGAAGAAAAAAUGGCAAUACUUAUGGAUCACAACUGUCACUUUAAAACCAAAAUGUAUACCCAGAACAGCAUUCAGUCAUAUCCAACAGGUAAUGAUGAUGAAGAAUUGGAAAGCGAUGAAUAAAAUUGAAAAGCCAUCUCCAGUGGUUUGGUGUAUACAGUACAGUGUUUCUUGUGAAACAUCCCAUUAAAAGUUUGUUUUACUGUACUUUUCAUGGUGAAUAGUAACAAAACCAAAGGUAGAUGUAUUUGCCUGUGAUUAUGAAGCAGAUUACCCACUGCCUUAUAAAAGAAAAAAAGCUUUUAUAGGAAUUUGUAUAGUGUUAAAACUCUAGGUAUUUACUUUUAAUAUUAUACACUAUAUUUUUAUUAAAUUAGUGUAAAUGUGUAUAAAUAGCUAUAUCCAGAUCUAUGCCUUUAAAAAUGUUUGUUCAUUACCACUUCCCUCACUAUUCUACAUUUUUUAUUUGACAUAGCAGCAGCGAGUGCCUGAAACUAGGAACGAUAAGUUAUCUGAUUGUAUAUUAAGCAAUGACCACAAAAUUUUGCACUUAUCACAUUUUCUGUGCUUGGAGACAGCAUGUUAAUGUGUGAUUUCCCCUAGGUAGAUCAAAGAUGCCUCUUGUAUUAAACAACAAUUACCCAUUAAUUAUGGAGGAAAGAACUUCAUUGUAGAACAAAACAUGGUACUUGUGAAGGAUGAGUGCAACCCUUCUUGUGAACUCCUUAUUGCUUUGCUUUGUUUUACCUUUUACUUACUUGGUAUAGGUGAUGCUCUUUAUAGAUAGCAGUACUACAGCAAACAUUACUAUGUUUUAUGCAUGUUAGUACUUAUUUGUGCAACUCUGGUAACAAAGAUUUUACUCCCAUACAAAUAUUGAUGAGGCACAUUUUAAGCAGGCAGUACUAUGGCUGCAUGCCUUGUAGGCUCUCUAAAUUCCAUAGGGAGAUUAAGAUCCAAAUGCUUUACUCAGCUCCUGCUUAAACAUGUUAAGCAUGCAUGUUGUUGACCAAGGAACAAUGAGUCAUCUAAUGCAAGCUGAGAUGGUUGUCAGACAUGUCCAAAUUUACAUCAGAAGCAAAAGUGGCCAAAGUGAACCAUUUUCAGCACAAUAACUAUUAGUACUAUUAUGAGUACAGUAGUAAUAUGAUACUACUUUCAAGACAUGAGUGGAUUACAUUGUCCUCAAAGGGCAAUCUAAAAAAAAUCACAUAAGCUAGACUCCAGCAACAGCAACUGGAGGCUGUUCCUUACAUGGAAUUCUUUGUGAAACUGCUAGGGAUUGGCCAGUUAAACAGGCUGUUAUUUUUUUUCAAAGGAGGUUAGUACGAGAGCAGAAAGAGGAUCAAACAUAUACAGACUUUGUUAGGUUACAACCCCCCGGCUUCAAUUUUUUUUAAAAAAAUGCAACACACAACUAUGUGUUAUAUCAUUAUGUGAUAUCAUUGCAACACCCAACCAUGAUACAACUUUUUGGCUUUAAGGCACUUUCUGUUCCUAUACUUUUUUUAAAAAGCCAUUCAGGAGUUUAUCCUUAGUUCUGUUAUCAGAGAGAAAAGUCAGAAUGCAGCUUUCUUUCCUCCCUGAUGGCUCUCGAGCUUGAGCAAAUUGCAGUGACUUGGUUAUCUUCAUGGAAGGCUCUGUAAGUUAAUUCUGCUGGAGGUAGGAGUAACUUGGCAAGAUGGAGCUUCACAGACAAGAGGACUGGGUAGAUUACCAGUUAAGAAUGGUCAGUGCUCUGCCAUCCAUUGAGCCCUGUGUGCCAAUCCAUACCUUGUAUAUGGAGCUGAACCUAUGAAGAGACACAUUAUGCCCCUAGUUAUAACAAACAAUAAUUCAACAAAUGCCAGGCUGUGGAUAAAUAUCAAAUGUUUAUUUGGUGUGUGUGUGUGUGUGUGCUGUUUUUGUUUGUAAAAACAUGAUCUCUGUGCCUUCUUUCAUGUAUCAAGAGCAGGCACCCUGUUUACAUAGUUUUGUAAAGUGUGUAUAUAUUUUGGUCAAACUAUGAUGUUGUAGAUCCAUUUAUAUUUUGUUCAUAUAAGAACCUGAGCUGUCAUUUCUUGAAGAAGAAAAAAUAAAAGGUAAUAAUUUGA